AAGCUAAGUGCUCCCUGGAGGCGAGGCCGGGGAUGAAGAUGACCGAGUGGUGGGGGACCCCCUCUGCCAAGGGGCGUGUGACUGGAUGGUCUCCAGGGCCCUAACUGCUGCCCUGCCCCCGCCCACAGAGCUGAAGGCCACGGGCACUGCCCACUUCUUCAACUUCCUGCUCAACACCACGGACUACCGCAUCCUGCUCAAGGACGAGGACCACGACCGCAUGUACGUGGGCAGCAAGGACUACGUGCUGUCCCUGGACCUGCACGACAUCAACCGCGAGCCCCUCAUCAUCCACUGGGCGGCCUCCCCGCAGCGCAUUGAGGAGUGCGUGCUCUCAGGCAAGGAUGGCAACGGUGAGUGCGGGAACUUCGUCAGGCUCAUCCAGCCCUGGAACCGAACACACCUGUACGUGUGUGGGACUGGCGCCUACAACCCCAUGUGCACCUAUGUAAACCGUGGCCGCCGGGCUCAGGCCACGCCCUGGACCCAGAUGCAGGUGGUCAGAGGCCGAGGCAGCAGAGCCACGGACGGUGCCCUCCGCCCGACGCCCACAGCCCCACGCCAGGAUUACAUCUUCUACCUGGAGCCCGAGAGACUCGAGUCAGGGAAGGGCAAGUGUCCAUACGACCCCAAGCUGGACACAGCCUCAGCCCUCAUCAACGAGGAGCUCUACGCUGGCGUGUACAUCGACUUCAUGGGCACGGACGCGGCCAUCUUCCGCACCCUCGGCAAGCAGACGGCCAUGCGCACGGACCAGCACAACUCCCGCUGGCUCAACGACCCCUCGUUCAUCCACGCGGAGCUCAUCCCCGACAGCGCGGAGCGCAACGACGACAAGUUGUACUUCUUCUUCCGCGAGCGCUCGGCCGAGGCGCCGCAGAGCCCCGCCGUGUACGCCCGCAUCGGGCGCAUCUGCCUGAAUGACGACGGCGGCCACUGCUGCCUGGUCAACAAGUGGAGCACGUUCCUGAAGGCGCGGCUGGUGUGCUCCGUGCCCGGCCACGACGGCAUCGAGACGCACUUCGAUGAGCUCCGUGAGUCCCGGGGCGGGGCCUGGGCGCCUGGG